AUGCAACUUCGGAAAGAUCACGUGGAGAACAGCAUCCGCGUCCUUCCCAUACCGUCAGCCGAUCACCCAUUCAUCCAGUCUAGCCAUAUCCCCUGGGUAUUGGAUGUUGAAGAUGACUCUGAAACCGAGCUCGGUGUCCUAAGAGGUCAUAUGGCGCGCGCAAAUCCUCAGUGCAAGGCGAUGGUCGAGUCACUAGCAGCAGAAAACCGGACAGGGACCGGAAACGUUCUCGAUCAGGAGGUGCUGGUCCUCUUCACCGCGCCCGCCCACUCCUAUGUGACGCCGAAAUUCUACGUCGAGACGAAGCCAACAACGGCCAAAGUCGUGCCGACCUGGAACUACGCCGCGGUACAGGCGUAUGGCCGCGCCAAGAUCUUUUACGAGUCCAAGGCCGAGGAGACGUCGAGUUUCCUGAACAAGCAGCUCCACGAUCUCUCACAACUGGGAGAGCAGUCAAUCAUGGGAUACACUGGUCAAGACGGCCGUCCUGGGCCGUGGCAAAUCUCGGAUGCCCCGCAACGGUACAUUGAUCUGUCUAAAAUGGCUAUCAUUGGCAUCGAGAUCACCAUCGACAGGCUGCAGGGCAAAUUCAAGAUGAGCCAGGAGUUGGGCGAGGGUGAUCGCCAAGGUGUUGUCGAGGGAUUCAAGGCGUUGAAAUCGGACUUGGGCAACCAGAUUUCAGACCUGGUAAAGGAGCGCGGCGAGUUGAAGCAGAAAUCUAAAUAA